AUGGGCCUCAGACACGGACCUCAGACACGGACCUCAGACACGGACCUCAGACAUGGGCCUCAGACACGGGCCUCAGACACGGACCUCAGACACGGACCUCAGACACGGACCUCAGACAUGGGCCUCAGACACGGACCUCAGACACGGACCUCAGACAUGGACCACAGACACGGACCUCAGACACGGACCUCAGACAUGGACCUCAGACACAGACUUCCUUCAGACACAGACUUCCUUCAGACAUGGACCUCAGACACGGACCUCAGACACGGACCUCAGACAUGGACCUCAGACACGGACCUCAGACAUGGACCUCAGACACGGACCUCAGACACGGACCUCAGACAUGGACCUCAGACAUGGACCUCAGACACGGACCUCAGACAUGGACCUCAGACACGGACCUCAGACAUGGACCUCAGACACGGACCUCAGACAUGGGCCUCAGACACGGACCUCAGACACGGACCUCAGACACGGACCUCAGACAUGGGCCUCAGACACGGACCUCAGACACGGACCUCAGACACGGACCUCAGACACGGACCUCAGACAUGGGCCUCAGACACGGACCUCAGACACGGACCUCAGACAUGGACCUCAGACACGGACCUCAGACACGGACCUCAGACAUGGACCUCAGACACAGACUUCCUUCAGACACAGACUUCCUUCAGACAUGACCUCAGACACGGACCUCAGACAUGGACCUCAGACACGGACCUCAGACAUGGACCUCAGACACGGACCUCAGACAUGGACCUCAGACACGGACCUCAGACACGGACCUCAGACAUGGACCUCAGACACAGACUUCCUUCAGACACAGACUUCCUUCAGACAUGGACCUCAGACACGGACCUCAGACAUGGACCUCAGACACGGACCUCAGACAUGGACCUCAGACACGGACCUCAGACAUGGACCUCAGACACGGACCUCAGACAUGGACCUCAGACAUGGACCUCAGACACGGACCUCAGACACGGACCUCAGACACGGACCUCAGACACGGACCUCAGACACGGACCUCAGACACGGACCUCAGACACGGACCUCAGACACGGACCUCAGACACGGACCUCAGACAUGGACCUCAGACACGGACCUCAGACACGGACCUCAGACAUGAACCUCAGACACGGACCUCAGACACAGACUUCCUUCAGACACGGACCUCAGACAUGGACCUCUCCCUCUCUCCUCUUCUGUCUUGCCGUCAUGGUUACGGGGCCCAAACCUCGGCUCGUCUCUGUGGUUGCGCCGCUUGAUCCGGGCUGGCGCUGGGUGGUUCUGUGA